AUGGCCAUCCAGAUUGCAGCUCAGGGAGGCGUCGAUGUCCGCGGCGUCAACGUCAACGGCGGCGACCACAACGUCGACAAGAACGGCAACCGCGUCAAUGUCAACGCCGUCCCCCAGGACACGAUCCGCCUCUCGGUCAACUGGAACGGUCAGGACUCUCAGGUCAACGUGCGCCCCAUUGAGGACGGCGACCGCCAGCGCGGAUGGCGCCGCCUCGACUCGAACGGCAACGUGAUCGCGUUCGGUGUCGACGAGGACAAGAUCGUCCUCCUCCCCAAGCCCGGAUCGACCGACUGGAUGGCCGGCCUCCCCGAUGACCGCGCCAUUGCCGACAUUACCAUUCCCGGCACGCACGAGUCCACCUCGGACACUGGUGGUUUCAUUUCGCAGUGCCAGAGCGGCAACGUCGCGCAGCAGCUCCAGGACGGUAUCCGUUUCCUCGACCUGCGUUUCCGCAACGUCAACGGCGAGCUCAAGUGCUACCACGGUAUCCAGCCCAUGUCUUCCAACAUCAACGAGGUCGUCGGAUGGAUCAACGACUUCCUUGCGCGCAACCCCCGCGAGACCGUCGUCGCCUCGUUCAAGCAGGAGCAGGACGCCGACCCCAACUUCCCGUCCCUCGUCGAGCAGGCCCUCAACUCUGGCGGCAACUGGUACUUCUCCGAAUUCCUCCCGACGCUCGGUGAGGUGCGCGGCAAGGCCUACUUCUUCUCGCGCUUCUCCAAGACGGACGACUCGCAGUUCCCCAACGGCCAGGGCUUCAAGCCCCUCCAGUGGCCCAACAACAAGAGCGAUGGCUUCGAGGUCGACAUCCGCGACACCCCCUGCCGCAUUCACGACUGGUACGAGACUGGCGACAUUGGCGCCAAGGCCAACGCCAUUACCCAGCACCUCGAGCCCACCCUCCAGCCCCGCGGAAACGGCAACGGCCCCAACCACCCUUACACCCUCGACUACACGAGCGCCGUCAAGAUGCCCUCGGCGUCGCCCCAGUACAUGGCCUCGGGCGGCAGCGCGGGCGGCGUCUCGUCCCUCCUCGCUGGUGCUUCGGCGCUCUUCUCGGGCGGCGGCAACAACCAGGACGCAGGCGCUCAGGGCGGUGUCAACGCCCGCAUCGCCCGCUGGCUCCUUCAGAAGGCCUUUGACGGACAGCGCCCCCGUGCCACUCUCAUGAUGGACUUCUACCGCGACACGGCCGGCGGCGACGGUGGCAUGGCCGAGCUCCUCCGCUCGCUCAACUACAUCAACACGAACGAGUAA